AUGCCAGACAUCAGCGCUCCACCGCCCCGGCCGAAGCUGAAGCUCAGCGUGGGCUCGCGACAGUCCUCGUUCAGCGAACAGAAUGGCGCGACGCCGUCGGCUUCGACUCCUUCCUCCUCGAUGAAGAUCAAGCUGAAGGCAUCACAACCACCGACACCAGCUGGACCCGCGGCGCCUGCCCCGUCCAAGACGAAAGCUGGAAGGGUUUCCAAGCCCACAACCAAGAUCAUUGAAUCCAAGAAGCGGGAACAGGACGAAGAUGACGAUGGCAUGAACCAUCCGUCCAAGAAGAUCAAGCUUCUGAAAACGCCUGUUGUGUCGACGCCUAGGACAGGUCAUAUCGUUGUUAAGUCAAAAGGCAAACCGCCUGUUCACCCACCCGGCGACGGUUAUGACUCCGAGGCUAGUGACCAGGAGAAGGACCCUACAAUCGAGGAGCAGUUCAUAUUGCGCAUGAUGCCCGGCGAGCAUUGCGAAUAUGUCAGGAAGUGCAUUGAGGAAGGCAAGGUCGGCAUCCCUAGAAAGGAUGGCGGCGCUGACAUAAUGAUGAAGUUCUUCGACGAGGACACCCGGCGCGCCAUGGUAGUAGUAAAGGGUCAGCCUUAUGCUGCAGUCAUGGUCGAACUGCCUACGAUCACGGAAGGCAUGAAGUCUUGGGACCGAAAGACCCUCAUGAAAUCUGCCGACAUUUGCCACAUGCUCCUGGUGUUCCAGCAGGUCCGGAGCGAGGAGGAGGCGAAAAAGGCGCCGUUACCUGCAAUGAUCCAACCUGGAUUCAAAUGGCCGCACGGUCUGACACCCCCUAUGCACGACGCCACCAACCAAAGAUUCGCCAAGAUCAUCAGUCGCUCGGAGAUCGAGCUGAAGGAAAAUGAGGUUAAGAAGCUCUUGCAGGCCGACGCGGCCGCCAUGUCCUCCAGAUACGAACUCAUCGACGACAGAAAGAUGCAGUCUGGCGACGAGUACUCCGAAGACGAACAAGACGCCGACGGCGAGGCUGACGACAGCGGGUAUUUCCCGGCUGACGGCUACAACGACGGCGAACUCGAUGAACAUGAUGACGACUUGGAGGCUGAGCUAAUGGCUGCUUUCGAGGAGGAGGAGGCGAUGAACCAGGCCACGACAGAGGCAGGCACACCAGCGACACAACUCGAGGCUGCUACCCCCAUGACCAUGAACACCGGCACACCCGCACCUAAUGCCCACGAUAGCGGUGACGGAGAAGAGUCUGUCGCCAGCGAGGAAGACGAAGAUGACGACGACGAUGAAGACGAUGACGACAAGGAGCGGCUGGACGAAGUCAAGGCAGUCCGGGAGGACAUUACACAGCUCAAAAAUGAGAUCGCGAAGAAGGAGCAAGAGAAGUCGAAUCAGACGAAUAAGAUUCUGAAGAACCGCGUCGAGGCUCGCUUGAAGGAUCUGAGAGCAGAGCUGUCGCUCAAGCAAGCAUCCAUUGGGGAACAGGAAGAGGAUGAAGACUAG